GACGCCAUGUUGGUUUCCAUAUAGAAAGAAUAAAGAAGUGUUGACGACGCCGACGGUGUGUACCAGUGUGAAAUCCGCUAUCAUCUGAUUUUGUGAGAUAUUUAAAACGUCCGGACCCCUUCAGAGAAGAACAGUGAACCUUUACUGUUCGUAUCGUCGUUAUUUUGAAUGAUAAGAAGUCACAAGAGGCAAAGAACAAAGCCAUUUAUUUCCGACCAAAAUCUUCCCGUGAGAAUAGUCUGUGAAAAGAAAGCCAGUGGAGGGCCCCGAUCAAAGGGACAGUUCUGGUUGUACUAAGAACUAGCUAAAGCUUUAUCUAAUUUUCAGACCGAUAUUCGGUUAUUAGAGGAAUGGCUUGUGGGGCUACUUUAAAAAGGACUAUGGAUUUCGAUCCAUUGAUGAAUCCGGCGUCCCCCAAAAGAAGGCGAUGCGCCCCGAUGUCUACAACCGCCUCCACUUCAUCACCACAAAAAUAUCUGCGUAUGGAACCUUCACCAUUUGGAGAAGUAUCAUCUAGACUUACAGCCGAGCAAAUCCUUCACAACAUCAAGCAAGAAUACAAGCGAAUGCAGAAGCGAAGACACCUCGAGAGCAGUUUCCAGCAGACAGAGGGUUGUUGUCCACUGGACUCUCAGCCUCAUAACUCUCUUCUGAGUGGAUCCACUCUGCCAGGUACUUCUUCAGGUGCUUCUUCUCCAACCAGGAAAGAGCAGCCCUUGUUCACCCUGAGGCAGGUAGGGAUGAUUUGUGAACGCCUACUGAAAGAGCGCGAGGACAAAAUAAGGGAAGAAUAUGAUGACAUUUUGACAACCAAACUUGCUGAGCAAUAUGAUGCCUUUGUCAAGUUCACUCAUGACCAGCUCAUGCGUCGAUUUGGAGAACAACCUGCUAGCUAUGUUUCCUGAGCCAGACUCGAUUCUUUGUGGAAUACCCGUUUCCCAUUUUAUUGCUGCAAGCUCCCCCCAUCUGAUUCUUGUAAAACCUUGUCUCCAGAGGCUCAGUGGGUCUAUUGGACUUGUAGCUGUGCCAUAUCUCCUGUUUGGGCACAAGCUGCCUCAAGCUUCUGCCAGUGGCAACCAUGUUCUCCUUUCAACGGGUCUUUGGAGGGCUUCCUGGCAUCUGUACCUAUAUGGACCUCUGCAACCUACUACUUUACCAGUGGCCUCCUGUGUUUUUCAUUUCUGUUGUGAUAUUUAUUUGGCUUCUUCUUGAUGCCUAGCCAUUUCCAUCUUUGCCACUAUACAUUUUAAAGUUUCCUCAGUAAUAUAUUGCUCUGCUGCAGGGUUGAUAUAAUCUCUACAAAUGAACCUGUAUCUCUAAGAUUGUCUGUAAGAAGGGAAGGAUCUCUUGAUAAGAGUGGGUGAUACAAUGACACACAGGAAGCCUCUGGACUGGUUUCCAGGAGUAGGACACCAUGGCUCUUAUCAGCAAUGUGUGGGUUGCACUGGUAAAUGCCUUGUGUACAUUGUGUAUUUUGGGUUUGACAUGUCUCCCGUUUUAAUUACCUUUUAAUCACAAUUGAAUUAUUAUUAAUGUUUUGCUCAUGUUUAUUCUGUUCAUUUUAUCGACUAUGUAGUUAAUGGGGCAUUGGUUGGGAAAAGAAAACGAAUAAAAGUUUCAAUUUAAA